CAGAAUCUGUUUUACCGCGACGACAUUAGCUUGGUUCCGUCGCGUCGCGUGUUUGAAAUCUCACACCUAAAAAAAAUUACAAUUAGACAAUAAAAACACGAAUAGUGCUCUGGGAGAAGGUAAAAAUGUGUAGAAUACCAACAUGAACUAACCGUAACGUGCAAAUUGCUAUCGUUAUUGCUGCUGUUGUCUUUUAAAAUCAUCGUUCUUGCAGGAAAUGAUUGACUUGAAAUGGGUGGUGGUGGUGUUGGUGGCGAUGGUGAUGGUGGUAAAGGUGGCUGAAAUGACAGAAUAUUGUACUUAUCAACCAGAUGAGAGCAACCCUCCAGCGAAGCCUGAUGUGGCCCUGCAAUACACCGCCAAGACGGAAUACGUGCAGGAUGCGACGGGGCUUGGCGGGCUGAACAUCACUCUCGUGAUGUAUAAUGAGUGGGUGUAUGACGCUCCGAGGAACCGAAUUGCUCUCCGCACGUAUAACAAAUAUGCCAAGAAACUUCAACUGAUGGACUGGAACACCAAACAGUUGCUUAUCAUGAGGGCCUCAAAGGAAGCGGGCAAAUUUGAGGACUGCAUUGUGAACACCAUAAGCGAAGCCUCGGUGUUAUUCCCUCCGAUCUUCGGGACUGGCAGUGAUCUGUCCCCUGAGCACAUCCCUGAUCCCGGCGUGCCUCUGGGUAUCUUCAACUGGACCAUCGCACACUACAAAGGGAACUACAACAGACGGUCUAUUUCAAGUUACCGUUGGGAGUGGUGCGGGCUGACGGAAUAUGAGACAGAGAUGAACACAGAGAAGAUAUCCAUGGCUACUUACUGGAGUGUUCCCGGAUGGAAGCUACCCAUACCCUCACAUGAGAACCUGUCAGUGCCCCUGGGUUGGGAGAUAAUCGAGUGGGGCAAGGAUGUAACGGACUUUCAUUCCACGACAAGCACCAAUAUCAUGUCAUUUGAACCGGGCCUUGUUGACGAGCUGGCUUUUCUGAUCCCCGAGGAUGUGUACUGCCCCUACAUGAUCCCCCUCGCAGGCCACCCGUUCCCAGACCACUCCCAGGAACACUUUUUCUCCUUCAGCCUGGAAUUCAGAGAGACGGACUCUAAAACCUUCAAAUGGGCUGACACUUGGUAUGACUUCGCCAAGAAACUGUACCGCGUGGAUCAUGAUGUGGCCCUACCAGGUGGCGACCCCCGCGCCUCCAGCAAGGCAAGCACCAUCAGCAACACCACCACUACCACCUUGCUACUAGAUUACAACGAUGGCGUUGCUUUCGAGUUUGUACCGGGAUCUCCUGAGGAGUGUCAGGUCUACUUGAUAAGCAGAACCCCGGAUGACUGGUCUGAUCUGACGGGCUUGACUCACCUCUGGGGCGAUACUCCAGACGCCUUCUUCGGGACUAAUCUCACCAACUACACCUACUACGGCCCGGGGAUGGACCGCUUCAUGGAGACUGAUGGCUGGCGGGGACUGAGAUCAGACUGGCCGCCCAAUGCACUGGAGACCAACCACAGUGGAAUGUUGUGGCAGUGGUCCUUCACUAACAAAAAUGUCACUAUUAUCACAGAUUUUGGAGACCACAUAUUUGUAGAGAAAGCAGUGCCUGUCGGAGUGCGCAUCACCGCCCAGAAGGAUAUCAACACGACGGAGGGAGCAAUACCUAAGGGCUACUCCAUCCUGUACUCCUUGUAUGACUUCGAGGUCUCGGCGGCGGGCAAGAAUGUGGAGUUCGAUGGCGUGAGGACCUUCGACGCCUACCAGUGUUACUCCCCCAACUGGAGAGACAACCUGAGAUUCAGGCUGGACGUCUCCUCGUGGCCUGAGGUGGUGAACAAGACCCUGCUCACCUCCAUCUACCUUAAUGAGUACUGGCAGAUCACCUUGGCGGACAAUGGGAGGGUGUCACCGUUCAGGAUUACUCGGGUACAGACCAUUGUCGAGGAAGCAAACGAGGUAUGGGUGAAAUUUACCUUGCUGUACCGUCACUGGCGUAUCGGGGAACUCAACUCAACGCUAUUCAAAAACAUGACGACUGGGGAAGAGGCAAGAUCCUAUUUGACGUCAGCGGUGAACAACGGUGACAUCGUAUACGUAGGACAGAGACCGAAUGAAGAGCUCUUCGUACUCAAGGCAGUCCCAGGCUCACUUACUACAGUUGCCGAGCCUGAAUGCACCACCACCACCACCACCACCACCACCACCAGCACCACCAGAACCACGGCCACUACCAAGCCUGGCCAUACAACGACUCCGCACCACAAAACCACACCCACAACGACUCCUGCAAAUACUGAAACGACUACUACACCUGGCGGAGGUGGUGGUGGUGGUGGUGGACAGACGCUGUACACUCCAGGAGAUCUCGCCGGGCUGGGAAUCGGCAUGCUACUGAUGGGGUUUGCCUUCGGCGCCGGCGGCACCUUCCUAGUGGUGGUGAAGGGCGUGCACCACACCCUCCUCCGCCUGUGCUCCAAGGAAUGAGGGCUGCCGGUGAAAGGCCUGUGCACGGGGCGGUGAGGGGCGGGUAGGAAGGGACGAGAGAGUGAUGCUUUUAUUCUGUUAUUCUGAAACACUUCUGCGCCGCAUUUCCUAAAUCCAAAAGGCUCUAGUUGAAGUGACACGGGUUUUUAAGGCUGUUUUUACGGUUUUAGUUUCAGAUUAACAAGAUUUCUACAUCAUUAAUAGGAGAGACGCUCUUGAGAAAAUAAUGGAGAUGAGGUUGUGCGUGAUUUUAAAGGUGUUUUUACGGUUCUAGUGGCAGAUUAGCGAGAUUUUUACAUCAUUAACAUGAGAGACACUCUUGAGAACCCUGCUCAUCAUUUUUGUGGCCUUUGAAAAUAGUAGAGGUGAGAGAGCAAAGCGUUUCAGAAUACUGGCCUGAGUGAAGCUGUUAUGAGAGGUGGGAUCAGUGAGAAGUGUUUAGCAUUCGAAUCAGGUAAUGAGACAGCAUGUAAAGAUUCGUACGAAGUAGAAAAUGUUUAAAUAAAAAGACUCACUGUGGCUAGUGCCAUCCAGCAACACCCUUCCCUCUCUUCCCUUCCCUUCCCUUCCCUUCUCCUUUCCCUUCUGUUCCCUUCACUUCCUUUCACUUUCCUUUCCUUCCCUUCCCCUCCUUUCUCUUCUCUUCUCCUCCCUUCCCUUCCUUUCCCUUCCCUUUCCUUUCCUUUCCUUCCCUUCCCUUCCCUUCCCUUCCCUUCCCCUCCUCUCUCUUUUCUUCCCUUUCUCCUCCCUUCACUUCCCUUCUCUUCUCUUCUCUUCUCUCUUCCUUCACUUCUCUUCCCUUCUCUUCCCUUCCCUUCCCUUUCCUUCCCUUUCCUCCUCUUCUCCUCCCUUCCCUUCCCUUCCCUUCCCUUCUCUUUCCUUACCUUACCUUACUCUAUUUUAUCAUCUUUUUCCCUUUCCUUUCCCUUUCCUUUCCUUCAUUUCUUUACCUUCUCCUUCCCUUACCUUCUCUUUCCCUCCCCUGGACAAGCGUGCUUUCGUGGAAUUCUGAGAGAUAAAUUGUGAUCGGGUAAUUAAGGAAAUGAGGUAAUUGCGCCGUGCAGUGAAGUUAAGGUCAGUAAUUAUAAUGAGGUGGAGUGUUGGAACCCUUCACGGCGCACGAGGAGACGGCGCCGUGCGAUUCAGGUGAAGAAAAAAAGGUUAGUGUUGAUAAAAGAUGCAAGUUUGUUUGGGUUUUGAAAUUUGGUUGGGUUUUGAAAUUUAGCGGACUACGAAGUGAUGAAACGUAAAUGUGAGUUAAGAUUUAUGAGAAAAAGAGAGUAAGUAAAUGAAUAAAUAGUUGGACAAAGAAAAAAUCACGUGAAGAAUAUAAAUUUCAGAUGGUAAGCAAAGGAGUAAAAAAGAAAAGAAAAAAAUUGAGGUCUGGCGUGAUUUCUUGGUAAAAAAAAAAAGAAUGAAAGUUAAGAAUUAAAGCUGUAAAAUAUGAUAGAAAGGAGAUAAAAAAAAUGAAAUAAAAGUGUGAAGUCUGUGAUUUCUUGGCAAAACAAACUGAAAAUAUGAAGGAAAAUCAAUCAAGAAUUAAAAAAAUAAAGUAAAAUAGAAAAAAAAAAAAAAAGAGACGCAUAAACUGAUUGGAGCUACGCAGAAUAAAGGUUACCAUCAUCCUGCUGCUAUCGAACAUUCCUCAUGCCAUCGAGUGCAAGUCUUGUCUCCGUGUGUGAUGGUAAUAAAACUGUGAGGCAAACACCGAAAACAAUCCAAUAACAAAACAAGCCACUUAGAUACAUACAUGAUUCUGUCUGGAUUCCUGUACGUUUGCGUGUAUAUAUGUGUGUGUGUGUGUGUGGUACUGUCCAAGGCCAACAAAAGUUUAUAUAAAGAGCGUCAGUCGUCAAAGAAAAAUCCCAAAAUGAUUAUCAAAAAUUGUAUGUCAGUAUGUAAUCUUCCACAGUGUAAUCGCUGAAGUGUAAUUACUCAUGAUAUGUAAUUAGUCAUGUAGAUUACCCAAGCUUAUUGUUAUUUAUCUUCAGCUUAUACUUAUUUUUGGUUGCUUAUUGUCAUGUUCUAACAAAUAAAGGAUUUGUGUGUGUAUGCA